AUGGAUUGCAGCAAAUUGGCAGAAGAUGGGACCCCUGAGUUAGGAAUGGAGUUCAACAGCGAAGAGGAUGCGUACAAGUUUUACAACAAAUAUGCCUUUAAAAUGGGUUUUAGUGUACGUAAAGACUAUCUGAAUAAAGACAAAGACGGCGUGACCACGUCUAGGAGAUAUAGUUGCUGCAAGGAAGGUGUGAAGCGCAAGUACGAAGGUGAUGUGAUGCCAAAGAGGACACGAGCUCCGACGAAAACAGGGUGUGGAGCUAAAAUGGUUAUUGUGUUGUUUAGAGGAACAAUGAAGUACCGUGUGCAUGAUCUUGUUUUAGAGCAUAACCAUGAGUUGCACAUUGCUCAAUGUGCACACAUGAUGCCAUCACAAAGAAAAGUGAGCGAGGCUCAAGGAUUCCAAGCUGAAAUAAGCGAGGACGCUGGGCUUUCAUUGAAACAGAGCCAUGAGCUUAUGGGAAAGGAGGCAGGUGGGAUGGGAAAUAUGGGAUAUACUCGGGAAGACCUGAAACUAUAUCUUCGUACUCGACGGGAAAGGAGUUUGAAAUAUGGAGAAGCAGGUAGCAUGCUGAAUUAUUUUCAAGAGCAAACACUCGAGAAUCCAUCGUUUUUUCAUGCCGUACAGCUGGACUGUGAAGAGCAGAUAACGAAUAUCUUUUGGGCUGAUGCAGGAAUGUUAAUUGACUACAAAUUUUUUGGAGACGUAGUCACAUUCGACACAACUUACAAAACAAAUAAAGAAUACCGGCCACUUGGAGUGUUUGUGGAUUUUAACCAACAUAGGCAAAUUGUGAUAUUCGGUGCUGCCCUUAUGUAUGAUGAGACUAUAGAUUCUUUCAAAUGGGUGUUUGGUACAUUUCUAGAAACAAUGUGCGGAAAGCGUCCAAGUACCAUACUAACCGACCAAGAUCAUGCCAUGGCAGCCGCUCUUUCAGUUGUUAUGCCUGAAACAUUUCACGGUCUAUGUACGUUUCACAUAAGGCGUAAUUUUAUGAAACAUCUUGGCAAUCACUACAAGGAAAAUAGUGAUCUUCCAUACAUGUUUGGUGCCUGCAUAAGGCACACUUGGGGGGAAGCUGAAAUACAAACGGAAGAGUUACCUCACAAUGGCCAUCUCGCGGUGGCGGAGUUGCAGGCGCCAAUGGUUUCAAUGAUUGCUGGCUCCGCUUGCUCCAACAAGAUUGCCAAGUAUCAACUUGGCUUCACUGCUUUGGAGUUGAAGCUUCUGCCUGGGCUUGAUGGAGUCAGCGACAGUAGUACGAGAGCAGCAACAGCAACGGCAGCGCCACCAACUUCUUCCUGCCCGAAGCUUCUCUCUUUUAGUUUUUCAUUUUUGUCCAGAUUUCCCAGGUCCUCAACUCAGCCCCGCCGUUUCUCUUCCUCAGCUCUUUCCUUGCCUAGUCGAAACCUUUCUUUCGGUCCAGCCUCCUCUUCUUCUCACCCUAGCUACCACUCGCUUCUCAGCCUCCCUUUUCCGUAG